GAGAGACUACAAAGUAUAAAACGGGUACUUCGGAAGAGAAGUCCAAAGAGUUCGAAGAUCUUGUGGGCAUGACAUGGCAUGUAUGGGUUUAUGGAGACCAAUGGCUGCUUCGUCUCUAGUGGUUGACUUUGAAGCUUCUUCGGAACUUUAUGAGGAAACCGCCAGACAACCCCUCCACUCCACUCCUCUCCUCUCCUGUCUCUCUCUCUCGUCUUUCAGUUUUCUACUUUUCAUUUUCCUGAUCUCGUUUCUGUUUAGUAGAGCACGACCCAGAUCAGAGAAGAGAAUAGUUUUUAAUAAUUUAGAUAGAACAGAUGGAACAGAACAAACCCAUUUAGAAAUUUUAGAAUUCAGAUCAAUCAACAACCAAUCGUGGACGAAGGACGGAAGGAGAAGUUCGGUAUCGGUUCUCAGCCGAGCCGACUCUCUCUGAUCGACUGAUCCACUACAUUAGAUCUCCGCAAUUUUCUCUCUCUUAAUUCCCCUCUGGACACUUCGCCUCUGUCAACUCUCCCUCUCUCUCUCUCUCUCUUCUGUAACUUCUAUUGGCUAAAUGGGUUCAAAGCCGUUGCUGCAUCCAGCUCCGCCCUACCAUGGCCUAGAGACGAGCUGGGACAAUGACGAGGAUGCGCCUGGUCCACGCUGUGGCCACACUCUCACCGCCGUCGCCGCCACCAAAUCUCACGGCACUCGCCUCAUUCUCUUUGGGGGUGCCACUACCAUCGAGGGUGGCGCCACCUCUGCUGCCGGAAUCAGAUUGGAGGGUGUGACCAAUUCCGUUCAUUCUUAUGACAUUGUCACCAGGAAAUGGACCAGACUCCGACCUGCCGGAGAGCCGCCUUCUCCGAGGGCUGCUCAUGCUGCUGCUGCGGUUGGCACUAUGGUUGUUUUUCAGGGUGGCAUAGGUCCUGCUGGUCAUUCCACUGACGAUCUUUACGUGCUCGACAUGACCAAUGAUAAAUUAAAGUGGCACAGGGUUGUUGUUCAAGGCCCAGGUCCUGGGCCUCGCUAUGGUCACUCUAUGGAUUUGGUUGCCCAACGGUAUCUUGUUACCUUCUCCGGUAAUGAUGGGAAGAGAGUUUUAUCAGAUGCAUGGGCUUUGGACACUUCACAGAAACCAUAUAGAUGGCAACGACUCAAUCCUGAAGGCGAUAGACCUUCUGCUAGAAUGUAUGCAACAGCGAGUGCUCGCUCAGAUGGCAUGUUCUUGCUCUGUGGUGGAAGAGACUCUACAGGCAUGCCGCUGGCAGAUGCUUAUGGCCUACUCAUGCAUAGGAAUGGUCAGUGGGAAUGGACUCUUGCACCUGGUGUGUCUCCUUCGCCAAGGUACCAACAUGCUGCGGUCUUUGUUGGAGCUCGAUUGCAUGUUACUGGAGGCGUUCUUAGGGGUGGAAGGUCAGUAGAAGGUGAAGCAGCUACUUCAGUCUUGGAUACUGCUGCUGGAGUAUGGUUGGAUAGAAAUGGGAUUGUUACUAAUUCUCGCUCUGGUAAGGCCCCAGUUGAGUAUGAUACUUCAUCUGAGCUUAUGCGUCGUUGCCGCCAUGCAGCUGCAUCAGUAGGAGUUCGAAUAUAUGUUUAUGGUGGUCUUAAAGGAGAUAUGUUACUUGACGACCUUGUUAUCGCCGAAAAUUCACCGUUUCAAUCUGACCUUAAGUCGCCUAUAUUAAAUUCUGAGAGAGUAUCAACUAUGAGUAGUUCUAAAACAAAUCAAUCAUGUGCUAGUUCUUAUGUGCUACCAACUUCAGAUGGAAGGCUGGAGGUCCCUUCACUUGGUGGCUCAAGCGUGGACAAGAAAUCUAUGGACAAGCUGGUGGAGGCUUCAGCAGCUGAAGCUGAAGCAGUUAGUGCUGUCUGGGAAGCUAUGAAGGCAGCCUCUACUGUACCUGUAGAAGAAGCAUCCGUGUCAGAUCAUAGCUUGCAUGUCCCAGAAACCUCCUCAGAUGGUAGUGAUAGCGAGGGAGAUGUUCGUCUUCACUCUAGAGCUGUUGUAGUUGCCAAAGAGGCGGUUGGGAACUUGGGGGGAUUGGUUAGGCAGCUGUCCUUGGAUAUGUUUGAAAAUGAGAGCAGACGAAUGAUCCCCUUAAAUAGUGACCCAUCAUGUACCCCGAAAAAGUUCUUCACUAGACAGAAGUCACCCCAAGGCUUGCAUAAGAAGAUUAUUUCUACAUUGCUCAGGCCACGAAACUGGAAAGCUCCUGCCAAUAGAAAUUUUUUUCUGGAUUCCUAUGAAGUGGGUGAGCUUUGUUAUGCUGCUGAGCAGAUAUUCAUGCAGGAGCCAACAGUUUUGCAGUUAAAGGCUCCAGUGAAAAUAUUUGGUGAUCUUCAUGGACAGUUUGGUGACUUGAUGCGCUUAUUUGAUGAAUAUGGAUUUCCGUCAACUGCUGGAGACAUAACUUAUAUUGACUAUUUAUUCCUGGGGGAUUAUGUUGAUCGUGGACAGCACAGUCUUGAAACAAUAACCUUGCUUCUUGCUCUCAAGAUUGAGUAUCCUGAGAAUGUACAUUUGAUCCGAGGAAACCAUGAGGCUGCUGACAUUAAUGCUCUCUUUGGUUUUCGAAUCGAAUGCAUUGAGAGGAUGGGCGAGAAUGAUGGAAUAUGGGCAUGGAAUCGGUUCAAUCAGCUUUUUAACUUUCUCCCACUUGCUGCACUCAUCGAGAAGAAAAUUAUUUGCAUGCAUGGUGGGAUUGGAAGGUCAAUACACUCUGUGGAGCAAGUAGAGAAACUUGAAAGGCCCAUUACAAUGGAUGCCGGAUCCAUCAUUCUCAUGGACCUUCUAUGGUCUGAUCCUACAGAGAAUGAUAGUAUAGAGGGUUUGAGACCAAAUGCUAGGGGCCCUGGUCUUGUUACUUUUGGGGAACUACAGUUUGUUACCCAUCUAUUUCAGUUCUCUUGCGCAUUACCAGAAUAA